AGGCGUGGCCAUGGAGGACCUGGGGGAAAACACCACGGUCCUGUCCUCCCUGAGGUCCUUGAACAACUUCAUCUCUCAGCGCGUGGAUGGAGGAGCGGGCCUGGAUGCUGCGGCCUCGGCCCCAGGGUCCCUGCAGAUGCAGUACCAGCAGAGCAUGCAGCUGGAAGAGCGGGCGGAGCAGAUCCGGUCCAAGUCUCACAUCAUCCAGGUGGAGCGGGAGAAGAUGCAGAUGCAGCUGAGUCACAAGAGAGCUCGCGUGGAGCUGGAGCGAGCGGCCAGCACCAGCGCCCGGAGCUAUGAGCGUGAGGUGGAUCGCAACCAGGAGCUCCUGACCCGGAUUCGGCAGCUCCAGGACCGCGAGGCGGAGGCGGAGGAGAAGAUGAAGGAGCAGCUGGAGCACCACCGGCAGUGCAAGCAGAGCCUGGACGCCGCCAACAAGAGGCUGCGGGAGAAGGAGGACGGCCUGGCCGAGGCCGGCGAGACCAUCAGCGAGUUAAAGGGCAGGAUCUCGGAGCUGCAGUGGAGUGUCAUGAACCAGGAGAUGCAGGUGAAGGGCCUGGAGUCCGAGAAGCAGGAGCUGCAGGAGCAGCUGGAUCUGCAGCUCAGAAAAUGGCAGGAAGCUAAUCAGAAGAUUCAGGAACUCCAGGCUGGCCAAGAAGCCAGGGCAGAGCAGGAGCAGAAAAUCAAGGAUUUGGAGCAGAAGCUGUUCCUGCAGGAGCAGGAUUCUGCGAUUGUGAAGAACAUGAAGUCUGAGCUGGUGCGGUUGCCCAAGAUGGAGCGGGAGCUGAAGCAGCUGAAGGAGGAGAAUGCCUACCUGCGGGAGAUGCGAGAGACCAACGGGCUGCUCAGGGAAGAAGUGGAGGGGCUGCAACGGAAGCUGAGCCGUCAGGAGAAGAUGCAGGAAAAUUUGGUUGACCUGGAGCUGGAGAAGGAGAGGCUGCUGGCAAAGCUGCAGAGCUGGGAGAGACUGGACCAGACCACGGGCUUGAGCAUCAGGUCCCCGGAAGACCUCUCCCGGUUCAUCGUGGAGCUGCAGCAGCGGGAGCUGGCUCUGAAGGACAGGAAUGGCUCCAUCACCAGCAGCGUCCGGGAGCUGGACAAGGUCAGGCAGCAGCUGCAGGAGGAGGUCCGCCAGGUCAGCGCUCAGCUGCUGGAGGAGAGGAAGAAGCGCGAGACGCACGAGGCGCUGGCCCGCAGGCUGCAGAAGCGGGUCCUGCUGCUGACCAAGGAGCGGGACGGCAUGCGCGCCAUCCUGGGGUCCUACGACAGUGAGCUGACCCCGGCCGAGUACUCGCCCCAGCUGACCCGACGGAUGCGCGAGGCCGAGGACAUGGUGCAGAAAGUGCACGCCCACAGCUCGGAGAUGGAGGCUCAGCUGUCACAGGCGCUGGAGGAGCUGGGCAGCCAGAAGCAGAGAGCAGAUAUGCUGGAGAUGGAGCUGAAGGUGCUGCAGGCCCAGGCGGGCCCCGCCGAGCAGAGCGUCCUGCUGUCCCGGGAGGAGGCGAGCGAGCUCAGGAUGAAGGUGGAGGAGCUGGAAGGGGAGCGCAGCCGCCUGGAGGAGGACAAGCGGAGGCUGGAGGAGCAGCUGGAGCACCUCACCCUGCAGGGCGACUACGACCAGAGCAAGACCAAAGUGCUGCACCUGAGCGCAAACCCGGCCCGCGAGGCGCAGCAGAGCCGCCGCCAGGACCAGGCGCGGCUGCACCGCGGCCCCACUCGGGACCUGGACCCCGCCUGCUGCUCCUUCGGCCGUUCCUCACAGACGCCCCUUGUCCCUCCCUCCCUGUCCCUGUCCCUCACCAUGACGUGCAGGGGGCAGGCUGACUCAACCCUGCGGGACCAGACGAGGCAGCCACGCCGCGGGACCGCGGUUCAACCUGGGGAACUGCCGUCCCUGUCACGUGGGGUCCUGGGACUCAGCCCACAGGGAGGGCAGGACUCGAAUCGGGCUGACCACUCCGAGCCUGGCUCGCCUGGAGGCUCCCGGCCCAGCCCAGGCAGGGGCCUGGCAUCGACAAUGGCACGGUGUUCCGUGGGCCAGCCUCGCUUGUUAGCGGGGACAGAGCAAGGUCUACUGCGGGAAGGACCUAUGUGGAUCCGUGAGCUGAGGAAGCAGGUGGAGAGCGCGGAGCUGCGGAACCAGCGGCUGAAGGAGGUCUUCCAGGCCAAGGUACAGGAGUUCCGCAAAGUCUGCUACACGCUCACCGGCUACCAGGUGGACAUCACGCGGGAGAGCCAGUACCGGCUGACCUCCAUGUACGCCGAGCGCCAGGACGACUGCCUGGUCUUCAAGGCCACGGGGCCACCAGCCUUCCCUCUGUCCUUGCCAGGGUCACCGCCCAGUCCUGAAGGCGGGAUCCCGGGCCGUUCGGGGGGCGUUCGCAGGGGUUCUGCCCGGGUCUCCCUGCGGCUGGGCCACAGGGCCGUCUCCGCCGUGUGCUGA